GAAACAUACUUGGGAUUCUCAAUUUUGUUAACAAUCCCCAGUCAAGGGUGAUUUUUUGGCCGGGGUUUUUGCUUCUUUUGGUGGCAAAAGGAGCAAACCUUGGCCAACAUAAUAAGAAUCAUGGCACCUAAAAUUAAAAAUUUGUUUUAUUUUCUUUGUUUGGCAAUUACCUUUAUUCCCAGCCUCUAUGCUAAUGUCUUGGACACUGAAGCGUUUUGGCAGGACCAACUAAGAAUGUUUGAUGGUUACUGGAAGCAAAGAGCCGAGAUUGCUAAAACUGAUAACCUAAAAGCCUAUUUCCCUGAUCCCUAUGCCGUCUCUGGAAACUUCACCUCUGCCAUUAGUGACGACAUUAUUGGAAAGAGUAGUGGAGGAAGAAGGAAGUUGAAAGGAAAGAAUAGAGGAGCUGCAUGCAUGGCGACCAACCCCAUUGACAGGUGCUGGAGGUGUGACCCAAACUGGGCUAAUAACCGCCAAAAACUUGCAGAUUGUGUUCAGGGAUUCGGAAGAAACACCAUUGGAGGAAAAGGAGGAAAAUUCUACGUCGUCAAUGACUCUUCAGAUGGUGACUUGCUGUCUCCGAAACCAGGCACUAUCCGCCAUGCAGUGACAAGAACUGAACCCUUGUGGAUCAUCUUCUCCCGAAGCAUGGUGAUCACGCUCCAGCAAGAGCUCAUCAUGGCCAGCAACAAGACCAUUGAUGGCAGGGGAUUCGAUGUCCAAAUUGCAAACGGUGCUGGCAUCACCGUCCAGUUCAUCAAGAACGUCAUUAUCCAUGGCAUCAAGGUCUACAACACGGUGGUCAAGACAGGUGGCAUGAUUAGGGACUCCGAAACUCAUUACGGAUUUCGGACACAGAGUGAUGGUGAUGGUAUCUCCAUCUUUGGCGCAAGCAACAUCUGGAUCGACCAUGUUUCCAUGAGAAAUUGCUCCGAUGGAUUGAUUGAUGCCAUUAUGGGCUCCACCGCCAUUACCAUCUCCAACGGCCAUUACACUGACCACAAUGAGGUGAUGCUGUUUGGAGCCAGUGACAGCUACACCGGCGACAAGAUCAUGCAAAUCACCUUGGCAUUCAACCACUACGGCAAGAGGUGUGUUCAGAGAAUGCCAAGGGCCAGACAUGGUUUUGUCCAUGUUGUCAACAAUGACUACACUCAUUGGGAGAUGUAUGCCAUUGGUGGCAGCAAGAACCCUACCAUCAUCAGUGAGGGUAACAGGUUCAUUGCCCCUGAAAACCGCUUUGCCAAAGAGAUAACCAAGAGAGAAUACGCAGAAGAAAGCAUAUGGAAGAACUGGCAAUGGAGAUCAAUCAAUGAUGAAUACUUGAAUGGAGCAUUCUUCGUUCAAUCCGGGGCUGAAUUGAAGAACAGACCAUUCUCAAGGGAGGACAUGAUCACAGCCAAGCCAGGAACAUAUGUUGGAAGGCUUACACGCUUUGCGGGUGUUCUUCCAUGCAAAAUUGGCCACCCAUGCUAGCUUAAUUAGUUAUUCGCCAAUAUUAAAGAUUGUAAAUAAUUCAAUUCAUUAUUCUUUUGCUAUCUUGGUAGUCAACACCCAUUGCUGGAUGCUGCAAAUGUAAAUACCUAUUAGUUUUGCAGUUUUUGCACACAUUCUCAUUGUUGUGUGCUUUUCAUUAGUUUUCUUUUUCUUUUUGAUAGGAAAGGAUUAAUUAAGAACACCGUAACGGUGGAAAGGAAUGCCACCACCGUAGUUCAUGAAUGAAGGGUGAUAUGUACUAAUUUUUGCUGUUA